AAAAACUUUUCAGCAAUCGAUCUUAAGCAAAACAAUCCCCGAGAGAGAUUUUCCCGAGAAAGAAAAAUUCCAGAGAAGAAAGGAGGGGGGGAUUGAGAGAAGAUGAUCGGAGUGGGGAAGAUGAAGCAGUACUCCAACGUCCUCGACAAGCCCGUCAGCAAAGGCAAACAAGAGGUGAGCUUGAGCGCAUUUGCUUUCCUAUUCUCGGAGCUCGUUCAGUACAACCAGACGCAGGUCGACAAUAUUGCUGAACUUGAAAGAAGACUUGAGGAUGCGGGAUAUGCAGUUGGAGCUCGAGUUCUAGAACUUCUUUGCCACAGGGAGAAGGGAAAUCGAAGGGAGACAAGGUUGCUUGGAAUUCUGUCUUUUGUCCAUAGCACCGUGUGGAAGGUGUUGUUUGGAAAGGUUGCUGACUCGCUUGAAAAAGGGACCGAACAUGAAGAUGAGUACAUGAUCAGUGAGAAGGAGCUCCUCGUGAACAGGUUCAUUUCGAUUCCAAAAGACAUGGGAACGUUCAACUGUGGGGCGUUUGCUGCGGGGAUAGUCAAGGGAGUUCUGGAUGGUGCAGGCUUUCCUGCUGUAGUAACAGCUCAUUUUGUGCCUAUCGAAGGACAGCAACGCCCUCGGACCACCAUUUUGAUAAAGUUUUCUGAAGAGGUGCUGAAAAGAGAGGCGGGGCUAGGUUGAGUUGAAGCCGCCAAGAUCUGUCUCCCUUGAAAUUCUGUCUUGUGUUGUCUGGUGAGAAAACUGUUGGAUUGUAUCAACUGUUCUGCCUAAUCUGCCACUUUUGGGUUGGAUUGUAAAGUAGAGAAAUGUUUUUUUCUAGUUUUAGGGAUUGAUAGCUGAUUACACGCACAAUGGAACGGUAACAAAUCUUGAUAUAUCUACUCUCAAGCAAAAUGCUAUUAAUGGGCACCAAAUC